AUGGGCUUCGCCCUGGAGCGCUUCGCCGCAGCCGCUGGCGCGGAGCUGGAGUGCGGGCUGUGCGGCCGGCUGCUGGACGAGCCCCUGUGCACGCCGUGCGGGCACGUCUUCUGCGCCAGCUGCCUGCUGCCCUGGGCGGCGCGGCGGCGCCGGUGCCCGCUGCAGUGCCAGCCCCUGGCGCCCGGCGAGCUGUACCGGGUGCUGCCUCUGCGCAGCCUCCUCCGCCAGCUGCGCCUCCAGGGCGAUCCCCGCGCCAGUGGCGGCGGCGGCCGCUCGGUCCGGCCGCACGAGCGGGAGGCGCCCGCCGCGCGCGGGGACUUCGGCGCGGCCCGCCGCGGGGGCUGCGUCUCGGGGCCGGGCGGCCGCGGCGGCGAGGACGUGCCCGCGCGGGGGGGCGGCGGCGCGGCGCCCGGGGCCGGCCGGGGCGGGGGCGCGCGCGGGGGGCUGCCGGGCGGCUGCUGCGGGAGCGGGAGCGGGCGGGGGCCCGGGCCACGAGUGCUCGCCUGGAGGCGGCGCGAGCAGGCGCUGCUGGCGCAGCUCGGGGCGCUGCAGGGCGAGGUGCAGCUGGCGGCCCGCAGGUACCGGGACAAGUUCGCCCAGUACAUGGCUCACGUCCGCAACUUCGCCAGGGACCUGGGCGGCGGCCACGGCCCGGGUGGAGAACAUAAGCCAUUCACCAUUCUAUUAGAACGAGAAAAUGACACUUUGGGAUUCAACAUUAUAGGAGGGCGACCAAAUCAGAAUGAUCAAGAAGAAAUAUCAAGAGAAGGAAUUUAUGUUUCAAAAAUUUUGAAAAAUGGACCUGCUGACAGAGCAGAAGGCUUGGAGAUUCAUGACAAAAUCAUUGAGGUCAAUGGGAAGGAUCUCUCAAAGGCCACCCAUGAAGAGGCAGUGGAAGCUUUUCGAAAUGCCAAGGAGCCCAUUGUGGUUCAGGUGCUAAGGCGAACGCCACUCAGUAAACCAAUCUAUGGAGCGGCCCCGGAAGUGCAGCUCAUGAACGCCAGUACUCAGACGGACAUCACCUUUGAGCACAUCAUGGCCCUGGCUAAGCUUAGGCCACCUACCCCUCCGGUGCCGGACAUCUGUCCAUUUCUGCUCUCAGACAGCUGCCAUUCUCUUCACCCGAUGGAGCAUGAAUUUUAUGAGGACAAUGAGUAUCUCUCCAGCUUGCCUGCUGAUGCAGACAGAACAGAGGACUUUGAAUAUGAGGAGGUCGAGUUGUGUCGUGUUAGCAGUCAAGAGAAGCUGGGCCUGACAGUCUGUUACCGCACGGAUGAUGAAGAAGACACCGGCAUUUAUGUCAGCGAGGUAGAUCCAAAUAGUAUUGCUGCCAAAGAUGGCCGGAUUCGAGAAGGGGAUCGUAUUUUGCAAAUAAAUGGGGAAGAUGUCCAGAAUCGAGAAGAAGCAGUGGCGUUGCUCUCCAGCGACGAGUGCAGGAGAAUCGUGCUGCUCGUGGCGAGGCCGGAGAUUCAGCUGGACGAAGGCUGGCUGGAAGAUGAAAGGAACGAAUUCUUAGAGGAGUUAAACUUGGAGAUGCUGGAAGAACAGCAUAAUGAAGCAAUGCAGCACACUGCCAAUGAGGUGGAGCAGCCAAAAAAACAAGAAGAAGAAGAAGGCACAACAGACACGGCCACAUCCUCAUCCAACAACCAUGAGAAGGACAGUGGAGUGGGGCGCACGGAUGAAAGCUUGCGGAACGAUGAGAGCUCAGAGCAGGAGAAUGCGGCUGAGGAUCCCAAAAGCACAUCUUUGAAGAGCAAGAGAGAGCUGGGGCAGAGCCAGGACACCCUGGGGAGCGUGGAACUCCAGUGCAAUGAGAGCUUUGUGUCAGGUGAAUACAUUGACUCGGACUGCCCUGGCAACCAAGAUGAGGAGUGUGAGCGAUUCCGGCAGCUCUUGGAGCUCAAAUGCAAGAUUCAAAACCAUGGAGAGUAUGACCUGUAUUACUCGAGCAGCACAAUAGAAUGCAACCAAGGGGAACAAGAGGGAGUGGAGCAUGAGCUACAGUUGCUGAACGAAGAACUAAGAAACAUUGAACUUGAGUGCCAGAAUAUCAUGCAAGCUCAUAGGCUCCAGAAGGUAACAGACCAGUACGGAGACAUCUGGGCAUUGCAUGAUGGAGGAUUCCGAAAUUAUAACACCAGCAUCGAUAUGCAAAGAGGAAAACUAGAUGACAUCAUUGAGCACCCAGAGAAGUCAGACAAGGACAGUUCUAGUGCUUACAACACAGCCGAAAGCUGCAGGAGCACGCCGCUCACCGUGGACCGUUCCCCUGACAGCUCCCUUCCCAGAAUGAUCAACCUCACCAAUAAGAAAAACCUGAGAACCACAAUGGCAGCCAGCCAGUCCUCUCCUGGACAGAGCAGUAAAGAGUCGAGCUCCACCAAAGCCAAAGCCCCUGAAGGUUGUGGCACUGAAGGCAAGGAGAAGAUCUCAGAAAGCAACAAGCUUUCUGAUCAAGAGAAGACCGGCAGCGAACACAUCCCUUACCUCUCUCCUUACCACAGCUCCUCAUACAGGCAUGCAAACAUACCAGCCCACGCCCGGCAUUAUCAAAGCUACAUGCAGCUAAUUCAACAGAAAUCUGCCGUCGAGUAUGCACAGAGUCAGCUGAGUCUGGUGAGCAUGUGCAAGGAGUCCCCGAAGUGUGCGGAACCCAAGAUGGAAUGGAAGGUGAAAAUCAGGAGCGAUGGGACCCGGUACAUCACAAAGAGACCAGUGCGAGACCGGAUUCUGAAGGAGCGUGCCUUAAAGAUCAAGGAGGAGCGGAGUGGCAUGACGACGGAUGAUGACACUAUGAGCGAGAUGAAAAUGGGUCGCUACUGGAGCAAAGAGGAAAGAAAGCAACACCUGGUUCGGGCCAAAGAGCAGCGUCGGCGCCGAGAGUUCAUGAUGCGGAGCCGGUUAGAGUGUCUCAAGGAGAGCCCUCAGAGCGGCAGCGAGGGCAAGAAGGAGAUCAACAUCAUUGAACUGAGUCACAAAAAGAUGAUGAAGAAGAGAAACAAGAAAAUUUUGGACAACUGGAUGACAAUCCAAGAACUGAUGACCCAUGGGGCCAAGUCUCCGGAUGGCACGCGAGUUCAUAAUGCCUUUUUGUCAGUCACCACUGUAUGACCUAGUGAAUGGGAAUGGAAUGCAACUGCUUUUAAGAGGGUGCUACCAAUUUGGGUAGAGUAUGAUUGCCUCGUUCAAUGUGGCGUUUUUAUAUAUAUUUUCUGACUCUUUAUAGUUUAAAUUUUUUGUAAGGCAAAAAUACCUGGUAAUUUUUCAUUUGUUUUUCAUAUACUCGUACCUUUUUUUUUCCCCUGAGGACUUUCUUUAACUUGUGAUAUAUUCAUAUUAUUCAUUUAUAUAUAAAAUCAAAAGGAAAGAAAACAACAAAAAAAAAACUUGAACAAAAAUUCUGAGGAGCCAAUUAAUUUCCUAUUUUAUUGUAUCUAUUGUAAGUUAAGAUCUGGAUUUAUUUCUCUAAUUUGCUUAUUUUCUACUUUAAUAACAAGUCAAUGCCAAAACAUUUCUAUACUUGCUUCUUGGCAUAAUACGUAUUAAAUCAAAUCUGUUAAUAAAUCAUGUACCACAUCUUAUACAUAAUAACCACCUCGGUUUAACAGCCCGUUGUACAUUUAGCACAUAAAUGGCCGUUGUCUUCGUCUCAGUAAAGUGUAGGUGGACAAUCUUCCUGUGAUAUGUAGUGACAUUGGUCAUGUAGCUAGAUAAUUGUGGUAAUUGUGACAAUAAAAGAGAAAUAAAUUAUUGAUUAUCCUUAAGAAAAGUUAUCAAGGAGUGUUUUAUUUUCAUUGUCCACUGUGGUUGUCAGAUAUAAAUUAGUUAUAUAUGUAUACUAUUUAGAAGACUCCUAAUUGUGGGUUAUAAAAUGUGUACAUUUUCUAUUACUUUUUUUUUCAAUAAAAUUGUCUUGAAUACUUCUUAUAGAUCAUGGUGUCACAUAUUCUUGCCAAGGUUAAAUUAGGUAACAUAUAUAGAGCAUCUUAUAGAUGCUAACUAAAAUUUAAUAAACAUGAGUUCAUGCUUCCCUUGCCUGCCAUCCAUAUAAGGAAAAGCCAAGGAAAAUUUAGGGAAAGGUGUAGAGGAGAGGAUCAGUGAAGUGUCUCAGAUUGUUUAUAAUGACACUAUGUAUUAGUCAGCUCAAGCUGCUAUGACAAAAUACCACAGACUAUAUGGCCUAACGAGCAGGAAUUUAUUUCUCAGAGCUUGUGAGGCUGGGGGGUCCAGAUUCAAGGUGCUGGCUAAUUCAGGUUCCUAAUGAAGGCUCUCUUCCUGUUUUGAAAAUGGUCACCUUCUCACUUUGUCCUCACCGGAUAGAGAGAGGAAACUCUCUGGUCUCUAUUCUUAUAAGAGCACUGAUGCCAUCAUGAGGGCCCCACCCUUGUGACUUUAUCUAAAAAUAAUUAC